AUGGACACACACAUUCAAAGUGCAAGGGCUUUGCUAGCGCAGAAAAAGUUUGUAGAGGCUGCUAAACGCUGCCAACAAACCCUGGACGCAGUUCCCAAGGGUGGUCCGCUGCCCGAUCCUGAGCUGUUUAGCAUCUUUGCACAGGCAGUGUACAACAUGGAGGUGCAGAACUCAGAUAACCUAUUCGGGGGGGCUCUCAUGCCAGGAAACGAUGAUUCAGGCUCUGAAUCUGAAUCUGAGUCUGACGUGAGCGGUGGGGAAGAUGAGGACGAGAAUCCCCAGGUGGAAAUGCCAGAAUCAAGGAUGUUCCAAUUUGACCAAGAGGAGGAAGACUUGACGGGUGACGUCGAUGGCAGUGACAGAGACGAUAGUGACGAAGGCAGUGAACAUGAGGAGGAAAGCGUAGCAGAAGGGGAAGAGCAAUCAGCAUUGCAGGGACUGGUGGACUUCAGUCCACUCAAGGAGCACGACGAUGAAAUCGAAGAUCUUUCGCAACUUCGCCAGUCCGGUUUCCAGGUUUACUUCGAAAAUGACCUGUACGAGAACGCUCUUGACCUACUGGCACAGGCAUUGAUACUUCUGGGACACUCUUCAACAGAUGGCCAACGUGUAACCGAUAAAAGCAGCUCGCGUAUCGGUGAUGUGUACAUUCUGAUGGGGGACAUCGAAAGGGAAGCAGAGAUGUUCGGUAGGGCCGUCCGCCACUACGUGAAGGCAUUGGGCUACUACAGGACCCUGCAAGACACUGAAGAAGUGAGCGAUAAGACAAUACAGGCGGAGUUCCUAGUGUGCGACGCCCUAAGGUGGCUGGACCAGGUGCCUACCAAGGACAAGCUGGAAAGAUUCAAGCAUGUCAAGAGCCUGCUUGAAAGGUAUAUUGCCACGAGCCCCAAGAACACAGAGCUGCAGCAGGCAAGGCUGGCGCAAAUUCAAGACGACAUUGACGAAGUGCAGGAACAACAACAGCAUGGUUCCAAGAGACCUCUCUCGCAGGCCACGACCUCCAUCGGCUUUCCCGCUUUCGACAAACCCCUUGACGACUUCAACGACCUGUCUCAACUGGUCAAGAAGAAGCCCAGAAGGCAUUGA